AAGGACAGCGACCAGCAGAUCACCGCUCAGGUGGACGGAGGCCUCAGCAACUUCACUCAGACAGGACUGGCAGCCGGUCAGGAGUACAGCGCCACCAUCACCGGGGAGAUCGGCGGCAGGAGAGGAGCCGAGAGCUCCACCGAAUUCAUGACCCUCAUCUCGGGUCCCACCAACCUCAAAGUCGUCAAGACGACGUCGACGUCCACGGUGGUCCAGUGGGACAAAUCGCAGGGUGAGAUUGACAGGUACCGUUUGAACAUCACUCCCAGUGACGGAGCCGGGAAGACUCAGGAAAUCACCAUACCCGUUGACCAAGACUCCGCCCACAUUGGGCAGCUGGAGGCAGGGCGUUCAUAUGACAUCAUCCUCGUGGCAGAGAAGGGCGCGAGUCAGAGCCAACCGGUGACCACGCAGGCGGUUCCCGCUUUAGGGAACAGUUUACCAAGGGUUACCACGGCAGCUUUGACCACACCGGCCAGACUCGCACAGAGACAAGAAGUUGGCAACUUGGACCAAGAAUUCAACCCAUCACCUGAGGUGCAAGCCUCUGACCAACAGGGGGGAACGGAUGAUGAACCAGAGGCUGAGUCUGUACAAGUUGGAGGAAUCGAUGGACCCAACAAACAUUCUCCAUCUGUGGCUGCGAGAAAUAAACCUCUGGUUAACAGGACCAUGGCAACAAAUGGCACCAGACCCAAACACGCUGAAAAGCUCACGUUGUCCAGGAAGCCAAAACUUCCAGGCCCUUUCCGAUUCAACACAACCAGAGUUGUACCUGGAGAAAGAGUGAUUGGCCGUGGCCCCUUGAAAAAGCCCCUAAUGGGGGAGAAACGGAAGGCCCCGAUAGUGCCCAAAAAAUCUAAACCAAGUGUCUCCAAACUAGGAACCAGGACAAUAGAUAUGACUGUGACAGAACCUCACACUGAAGCAUCCAGUUCUGAGAGGAGGGAUGACAAACAUCCUGCUAUAAUGUCUGGAACCGGUUCAGAAACACACAGACAAAGUAGCUCAGAGGAACCGAAGAGGCAACCAGAUGUUAGCGUGUCAGGCCAAGAAAACGACACAGCUCCAGUGUCUUCAGAGCGAACUGGGACCAUUCAGAGCCAGGAGAAGAAAUGCUUGAACAAAGUUAAAGUGACGCACACCAGAUUACCCCAUAAGGACAGAGGCAGUGGGUGUAGAGGGGAUGGGACAGUGGUAGCAGGAAACACAUUAGAAUCAGAUCGAUCCACUUCUGAUUUGAAACUCUCGUCUGCAGAGACAGACCUGGACUAUUCACCUGAGUCUCUACAAAAACUCCUGACGGACACUUAUGACAUUUUGAAUAUCACAACGUUUUCCGUUCACUUGUCUAAACCAUCGGACCUCUCUGUUGAUGAAGACAUAGUAAGGAGCCAGAUUUUCACAAGACUGAAGCCCCUCUCUUCGUUUUCAUCCUCUUCAUCAUCCUCAUCAAACUCACAGUCAUCAUCAUCAUCAACAUCAUCCACAUCCACAGCAGGGACUUCACCAUCACCUUUACAAGUUUCUUCCUCAUCCACAGCAGCCCCAUCAUCAUCAUCAUCAUCUUCAUCACUACCAUCACUUACACCUUCAUCAUCAUCACUGUCACCUCCAUCAUCAUCAUCGUCAUCAUCAUCAUCAUCUUCAUCUUCAUCGUCUUUCAGCUCAGACAAACCAGAUUCAUUUGGAAAUAUUGAAGAAAAUGCUGUUAAGGGCGAAGAGACAACUGACGCAGCAUCACCGGGAGAAAGAAAACCACCACCUUCAGGAAAAGCUGGCGCACCACUUCUCCGUCACACACCUCCGAAACGAGGUUUCAUUCGUCGUCCGCGCCCAAUUUUUGGUUUGUUUCCGAACAGAACGCAGCCGAAAUUUAGAGGCCCUCACCAUCCCCCUCCUCGUUUUAACAUUAUCCCAAGAAGACAGUCAGAGACAAGGGAUGCGUCCACGAAUGGAUCAUUGCCUUCGUCUGCUUUGGAGGAAUCAUCCCCAGUGAAGAUGAACACAUUAGUCAGGGAUGCGAGUAGAGACAUGGAUGGACCAGCUUCACCUGCGUCCUCUGGAGAAAACCAGAACAUUGUGCUGACAGAAAUCCCAGUUCGCCCUCCUCCUCCAAAAGGUGGAUAUAUGCGUCGCCCCCUUCAGAACAAAACUCGACCUAAUUUAAGGCUUAUGACUCGCCCCAUUCGACCUUUAAUUACUGAAACUAAAACACAGAGGGGGGAGGUGUCUCCUGCUGAAGUUCCAACCACUUCAUCUCCUCCUGAUGUCGAAGAAUCAAAUCUGGCUGAAAGUAAAGAGCCAAUAAAAGAGGAUAAUGAAGAUAGAGCUGGGGUGAGAACCUCCUCAACAAGAAUGUCCAGUGAGUUAAAUGAGACUCUCAGAGGUAGUGGAGAACCUUUCUCCCAUCGUCCAACCAAAGUUCAAUUUUUCCGUCGCCCCCAAAUGUAUUCUGGAAGUCUCCAGAACAAAACACGUCCACACAUGAGACGACCUCAAUAUCCACGUAGAGGUCUUAUGCACAAACCUUUCCCUGUCAGAAAGCUGAAUGGAGAAGAUGCUGGAAGUCAAACUAGCCAACAAGAAAAGGCGAGUCCCUCUGAAUUCCCUGAAGUCCCAAAUAACAACCAGUUAGGAGAGCAGGACGUCCCCAGGCCUACCCAAGGAGUAGAAGUUCGAAUUAGACAAACAGGAGAACCUGAACCUGCACAUGUAAGAGCCCUGAUGGAUGGACACGAUACUGCUGUCAGUCCACAAAUUAACAAAGUAGAAAAUGGAGAAAGUUCUCCAAUCCAAACAACCAAAUCUGGGGAAGAAGAACGUAGCACUAUAGCUUCUAAGAAUGAUUCUGACCUCCAUAACCUGCGCGAUACCGGCAGAACUCCUGCCUCUACAGUUCGAAGAAGUCAAAAUAUCCAACAAACUUCCUCUGAUUCAAAAGAUUCAAGAACAGUCUCACUUCCAAAGCGACGACCACCAUCCAGAAAUCUGACAGGACAUCGCACCCAGAUGAGGGAAGAGGAGCCUAAAACUAAUCCUACUGUUAAAAGGCUGUUUGACAGUAAAACUGGACAAACAAGAAAUGCUGCUUCAAAACAUUUGAUGGGAUCAGAUGUUGCUUCCUCUGGAGUCACAAGAGAACAUCUGGACUAUGUAGGAGUGACGAACCGGACCUCCGAUGGUUUUACGCUCAUAUGGGACUCGCCGGAGGGAAAGUACAAAAACUUUGUCGUAACUACGAAACAAAAUGAAAAAGACAAAACACUGAAUCAAAAGGGAAGUCAGAAAGUUCAAGAAAGACAACAGGGAGACUCAGAGAGACAGGAGGGGAAGAAUCAACCAACUGAUGAACCGAAAUCAGGAGGGAGAAUCCCUGAAGGUGAAAACCGAGUCUCCGAAAGUGACGUUACACAUAUUCCAAAGAAGCAAAGCAGCACAGCAGUUAAACCAGUAACAGGAAGUGAGAAAUCCUUCAAAGAAGUUCUUCCUGGUUCAGCUCGCUCCCACCACUUUGUGGAUCUGCCUCCUCAGACUGAGUACACCAUCACCUUGCUUGGAAAGGGUCCUGGUCUUCUGUCCAGACUGCACAAGCUUGUCAUCAGUACAGGCCCCGAGCCUCCGACCGACAUCGUCUUCAGUGAGGUGACAGAAAACUCUCUGACAGUUUCCUGGACCAAACCCAAGAAUCCCGUCAGUGGUUUCAAAGUCACCUACACCAACACUGAGGAUGGGGAGCCGGUGUCUGUGUCCCUGGACUCGGACGACUCCUCCGUCGGCCUAUCGCAGCUCUCUCCUGGUUCAACCUAUGAGGUCAGCAUCCUCUCCAUCCUCGGCCCGGACGAGAGCGACCCAGUCAACAGCUUCUUCUCCACACUCCCUGACCCGCCGACACACCUACGGGCCGUGAACGUCACCGACACCGAGGCCUUGCUGCUGUGGCGUCCGGCGUUGGCCACCAUCGACAAGUACGCCAUCGUCUAUGGCUCAGGUUCAGGUUCAGAGUUGAGGAUCACGGUGUCUGGAGACGCAGCCGAGCAGCAGCUGAGCGGUUUGGAAGAAUCCACCACCUACACCGUCUCCAUCACCGGUCAGCUGGGCCGAGGAGAGAGCUCACCGGCUGCCACCAGCUUCACUACCAGCAGAG